AUGAUAUCUGAUGUGAAUCCUCCGGUUAUUCCUGCUAAAUUACCUGAUACCCGAUCUGUUUCGCCCUCAUCUGCUAAUUUUCAUCGUUCUCAUCGUUUUUUUACGUCGUCUACUAAUUCCUUAUCGGAAUCUGUUCGCUAUUCUGAGGAUGAAUUUUAUGAUAUAUUUGAUGUUUGGAAAUCUCGUUGUGCUGACAGUGAUAUUGAAUUUUUCAUCUCAAAUUGUAGCUUCUCGGAGAUUUAUCAUGCUCCAUUUUAUAUUAACAAAGUAUUCUUUUUGAAACUAUUGAAAUGUUUGCCGAACACUCAUCAGAAAUUAUGA